AUGGAGUCCGGCGUCGACCCGGACGAGGGCGUGCAGUCCAAGCAGGACCUGCCCAAGCUGGUCCGCGGCGCCAACGUGUCCUACAGCCCGGACGAGAGCAAGAUAUCCUCCCCGCGCUUCUCGCGCUUCUCCAAGAUCAUCUUCUCGCGCCCGAGCCAGCCGCUGCUGCCGGCCCACAUCGCCGACUGGACCCACGUCGGCUCCUUCCCCUCCCCGCUCCUCAACAACCCCGCCCAGAGCAACCUCGGCAUGUACUUCGUCGGCCCCAACGAGACCAUCCUCGUCGACGUCAUCUCCGACUCCGAGAACACCACCAUGUCCCGCGAGUUCUUCCGCGCAGGCCCCAGGAGGGAGCUCGCCUUCCACCCCCAGAACCAGGUCAACGCCUGCAUCGUCACGUGCGGCGGCUUGUGUCCCGGCCUCAAUUCCGUCGUUAGAGAGCUCGUCAUCACCUUGGAGCAGAUUUACAACACCCGCAAUAUCUCCGGAAUUCCCUUUGGCUACCGCGGCUUUUACUCCACCCAUCUGGAAAUCACCCGCCUCGAUUCGCAUAAGGUCCAAAACAUCCAUCAUGAGGGCGGCUCCAUUCUAGGCAGCUCGCGCGGCGGCCAUGAUACUCAGCGCAUUUGCGAUGCUAUUAUCGCCAUGGGCUUUAAUCAGAUUUAUAUCAUCGGCGGCGACGGUACCCAUCGCGGCGCCAUCAAGAUCUUUGAGGAACUCAAGCGCAGGGAGUAUAUGGCCGCCGUUGUCGGAGUCCCCAAGACUAUUGAUAACGACAUCGCCCUUAUUGAUAAGAGUUUCGGCUUUGACACGGCCGUCGAGGAGGCCCAGCGCUCCAUCAAGUGCGCAAAGAUCGAGGCAAAGUCUGCCAUCAACGGCAUUGGCCUUGUUAAGCUCAUGGGCCGUCAUUCGGGCCAGAUCGCCAUGUUUGCAACACUCGCGAGUCGCGACGUCGAUUGCUGUCUCAUCCCAGAGGUCAAGUUUGAACUAGACGGCAAACACGGCCUCUUCCAGUACAUUGAAGAGAAGCUCAAGACGAAGAAGCACAUGGUUAUCGUCGUUGCGGAAGGCGCUGGUGCCGACAAUAUGGACCGCGAGAUGGGCGUCAAAGGCUACGAUCAGUCGGGAAACAAGAAGCUCAACGAUGUCGGCCUCUGGCUCAAGUCUAAGAUCUGUAUCGAAUUCAAGAAGCGCAACCGCGAGAUCAACCUCAAGCUUAUUGAUCCCACCUAUGAGAUUCGCUCCGUCCCCGCCAAUGCGUCGGACAACUUGCAUUGCAGCUUGCUGGCCCAGUCGGCUGUGCAUGGGGCUAUGCAUGGCUUCUCCGGCUUCUGCGUCGGGUUGAUCAAUACGCAUUUUGUCCUCAUCCCAAUAGUGGAAAUUUGUAGACGAGGAAGAACAACAGUGGAUGUAAGAAGCAGGAUGUGGCAUCGAGUGAUCGCCACCACGCAGCAGCCGAGUCUUUCCGCCCAACGUAACAACCCUCCGCCCUCAUCGCCACCUAUAAAAACUCUCGUUGCGGUUGGUGAAAAUUGCUUCCCGACUGAGAAAGAGCUCUCCCUAGUACAAGAACCAACUGUUGUCGAGCCCGUCGAAGAGAACGGAAAAACUAAUGGAACCCUCUGAAGACACCACGGCACGCAGCAUUGCGACACCGUUGCACUGCAGCAUUAGCAAAACAAGCGUGUCAGGUCUUUUCAGCUAGUGUGGAUCGUCCUUCAAGGUACGGGAGGGCAAGGAGCUGAGCUGAGAAGGUCCAUGCGGUCCAUGCGGUACCUGAAAGAAAUAUCGGACGGAGUAUCCUACUUCAGCUCAUGUGAAUUUCCCUUCUGUCUCUCAUGAUGUCGCGUACAGGGCAUUUGAUUUUGGUUGGAAGGCAUAGUUGUAAAGGUAUGACGCGACCGGUCAAGGGGUGUAGUUUGGACAGUGCCGUUUGUAGUCGCGCGCUGUGAUGCCGUUAGUUCAUUUUGUAAUACUAUAGUAAGACAAGGACGGAGUACUUCCGUGUAUACUAAAGAUUGCGAGCAGGUUU